AUGGUAUCGCAGGUCUUUGGCACCCUUGUCGCUGCCGUCCUCGUAAAUCUUGUGUUAUUUACACUCGAGUUUGCCAUGGCCUGCCAACUCUUCUCAAAGAAACGAGAAGAAGUCAGUCGAUGGACCAAAUUCAGGGUUUGGUUUACCCUCAUCAUCGACACUGCUGCAACACUUUCUUCUUGUGUCUUCUUGUACAUGUUCGAGGAGUCACACUGGGACGAAGACGAACAUGACGAGGAGCACGAGCGUUUCUGGCAACUCAUCAUUGGCACCCUCAUUAUUGGCACUGUGUCUUCUGCACUCGCCCAGAGCUAUCUUAUGGAACGAUUCUGGAGGAACAUCCGCCACCACCUACUUGGCACUGCUUUUGCUGUUUCGCUUCUCGUCUUGGCCGCAAUCGCAUCUAUAGCUUCCCUUGUCACAUGCGCCUACAUGCAAUGGACCAAGGCCGAAACUGACAACAUCAAGCCCUUCGUUUGGCUUGCACUUAUCUCCAACUUGGUUUACGCCGUAGGCAUCACCGCUAUCUCCGUUUGCCAGCGCUUCGCCAUGCGCACCGCAGGCCCUAAGCCGCGAUUCCUCAACAGGGUGUUCCGUGGCUUCGUCGAGACCGGCAUGCCAAGCAGCAUCGUCGUCAUUCUGGCCCUUAUUGCCUGGGUCGUUGACAACAUCGCUGUCUACGUCAUUGCGCUCUACUUCGUCCAAGCACGCAUUUACUCUUGCACGAUGCUCUACUCCCUUCGCCAAACCAAACUCGUCCGCAUGGAGAACUGGAAGGAGGCGCUCAUCUCCACAACCAUCGCACAAAAGCCGCAGCCUGUACCGCCUCUUGCUCCGGAGAUGAUGGUCCGCAUCGAGAAGUCCGGCCGGCUCACCGGCAUCCCCGAGGAGAACCAGGCGAAGUGGUACAACAUCGACCUUAGUGAGGCGACCCGGGCAAGCAUUGAGUCAAAGGAGUUAGAGGAGGCGCAACCCAAAGAGCUUGUUGUGGGCACACCGAGGGCUAUCGUUUUACACCGGAGCAGCAUUUUGGACAAGCAGUGA